AAAUAUGUUUCUUUAUACGAAGUAUAUUUUAUAGAUGCAUUAAUUUCACCCAAAUUCGAACAUGUAAUUGCCUAAACAAUGAGAUAUUGACCAAAGUAAAUUCAAGAUCAAUAACAUGUUUGUUCCCGAUUGAAAAGGAAACUAUUAUAGCUUUAAUUAAAUACGGAAUAUUAAUACCACUAAUUAAUACGUAAUCUUAUAACGAAUUGCUAAACCAGUUUACUUUUAAAAAUGUAAUUAAUACACGUACUUACUUAAGAGAUAAUUCCAAAUCAAAUACUGUACUCUAGAUGAGAACAAUAAAAUGAGAUUUGAAUUUCUCUUAGUAAUUUUCCUUGAAAAAGAUAGGAGAUCUUUCUAUUAUUAAAGGCUUAAAGCAAGGAAAAAAAAAAAAAAACAAACACACACACAAGGAGAGAUUUAUCAAAGGUGGCAUUUCCCUUGCUCUUCUUCUUCUUCUCUCUCACCGUCUCUAAGCUUUCGCCGACCACCUUUCUUCACGUUCGUGCCCUUUUUCUUCCAGAAACUUCUUCCGUUUUCUCUCUCCUCUUCAACCCAGAAAAGCGCCGGCCAUUCUCUAUCGAUCGACGCUUCUGAUUCUCUUUCCUUUGAAUCAUAAAGUGUCAACUCAUCACUGGUUUUUGAGAAUGAAUACGGUCUCGGCUUUAAUCAGGAAGGAAUUUGGAACUCACUUGUGGCUGGUCCAAGAACCAAUAGAAUGGUACAUUAUCCUAAGGUUGCAACCAUUACAGUCGCACUUGGAAGAUAAAUGCCACUUCCACAGAUCAAGGCCGCUGGUGCAGCAGAUGCAAUGAAGACGGAAGAUGGAAAUGACUCUUUAGACACAUUCAUCAGACAAGCAAUAGGGAAAGAGCCUUUUCUUUCUUUCUCCAGGGCAAAUGACAGUCCAGUUCAGUGGAUUCAGUUACUUCAUGCCUUGGAUCAACAAGAUUUGCCAGGGUGGCCUUUGUUAUCUCCAUUGAAGGUUCAAAUGCAGAAAUGUGAUAAAUGUUCUCGUGAGUUUUGUUCAACUAUCAAUUACCGAAGGCAUAUGCGCCUCCAUAGGAGGAAUUUGAACAUCGAUAAGGAUUCAACUAUGAAAAACAGGGGCCUGUUGCAAGCUUUUUGGGAUAAGCUUUGUCCAGAAGAAGCCAUGGAGGUUAUCUCAUUUGAUGACGUUUCUCUUGAGGGGGGAGUUAGUGGGGGCUCAAUUGUGAAGGCAUUGACAUCAUUUAUUCGGAAACCUGGAUUCACUUCUCUACCACAGAGUUAUGUAAGAUCUGGGUCUGCACUGCUGGACAUUGUCCUGGGUAGACCUUCCAGGUUCCCGAUAUCGUCACAGGAGCUGUUUAGUAUUUUAGAUGAUGCAAGCGAGAAAACUUUUUUAUAUGCUGGCACUGCUACAUCAUUACAGAAGUAUGUGUUUGACGGCGAGGCUGGAAAGAUUGGGCUUGAGAUGAGGAACUUGGUUGCUUGUACCAGUUUCCUUGUUGAGCAGAAAGUGGUCAAGGCAUGCCUUGCUGAUAAGGAUGCUGAAGCUUUAAGGUACCAGAAAUUGCUUGUGGAGGAAGAAGAAGCUGCUCAAAAGAGACAAGCUGCUCUUUUGGAAAAGAAAAGACAGAAGAAAAUUAGGCAGAAGGAGCAAAGGGCAAAGGAGCAAGCCAGGGCAGAAAUAGAUGAUUCUCCUGAAGAAAGUUCCCCUUCUCCGCCAAUAUCAAGCCCUGUUAACACCCCUGACUCUAUUCUAGAUGUUCCAGAAAUUCUUCACAACUUAACUCUAUCUUCUGAGCCUGUUCAAAUAAUGAAUGUAGAAGCAGAUAGCACCAAAAUUCAAGAAUAUGAAUAUGCAGAAUUUGAUACUUCCCAAAAUGUUUAUCCUGAUUUGGUUACUUACCCCAAUGUUGAGCAUAGAACAUUGCAUCGAAAUGGCCGAAGGUACGUAGUUAACUCUCGUUGGCAAGUACCAAAAUUGCAGAGAACACCUAAUGGCUUCCACACCAGUCACAACUAUCAGGCACCAAAGCUUGGACCCAUGCAAAAGCAUGCGUCUUCCAGGGAUUCCCGCUCUGCUGCUACCAAUGGCAUUAAAGUGUGGACCCCAAAACCAAAAUCAGACACUGAUGAAGAGGGUUGCAAACCUAGGUUACAGAUUGAAGCACCAAAUCCGCCUAGCCAGGAUAAAAAGCAUGAAGUUCUAAUUGGUUCUAUAUCUGUCACACUUGGAAAUUGUAAUAACCUGCAACAUGAUGAAGAUCGUGUUCGAAAUUUAGAAAGCAGUGCCUUGGAGGUUUCUACACCAAAUGUAAAUGGUAUUGAUGAGAAGCCUAUGAAAAAUGAGGCAAUUCAGGGUACUGCUAUUCGUUCAACUGCCAAGUUGUGGAGACUUGUUAGUCGACAUGAUAAGGGAGGCCAGCUCCCCAUCCAAUAUGCCGGUAGUUCUUGUGAACUUGGUAGCAUCCCUUGCAAUGAUUGUAAUGAGGUCCAGCAGACAUGUGAAGCAGAGACUUGCUCGAAUUGCCGUGGAGAUAAUUAUGCUUCUGUUGAAGGUGGACUUCAGAGAGGCUCAAGGUUUUCCAGCCAUGUGGCAGAAGCUUUUCUUGCAAAAAGGUGGAAGGAGGCUAUUGCAUCAAGCUAUGUGAAGCUGGUCUUACUUCCUGAAGCUAGACCUCCUGAAGGCCCUGAUGUGCAGAACGAAAACAAAGGCUCGUCCAGGUUGGAACAUCGUCGCAUCCUUCAUAGUGCAGAGAACCGUUUGGAGAAUUACACAAACCUUGAACAUUCAGUGGCUGUCAAGUCAAAGGCCAGAGCUAAGGCAGAGAAGGGCAGUAAGGUGAAAUACAUUCCAAAACAAAAAAGUGCUUAUUGAAAUUCUGGGGAUUCAUAGGUGGUAUAGCAUAUGUGCAGUUUUCAUUUACUAUAUCUUACAUUCUUAGCAGAGGUUCCAGUUUUAACAGCGGUCUUCUGUCCGGAAAUUUUUGGGGGAAGUGAUUAUUCAGUAGCAAUCUAGUUUCUUUUCUUGGUUUCAGGAUGCAGUAACCUCUAUUUUUGCCUUCAAUAGGUUAGAUUUUUUCUCAUGUAAUAAACUGGGGUUUUUAUAAGUGAUGUUGCAGAUCUUACCCUCUGGCUUUUUGUUGGCAAUUUAAGGUUUUGGUCUUCUCGUCUCUUUAAAAUGCUAAAGUGUAUAGCUUCUGAAGUUCAAGAUGAUAAGUUUAGUAUAGUACUAGUUAGGAGACUUAGGACCUGACCAAUUGACGUCACAGCAAAAUUUGUGCAUCUAUCAUUCUUUCCUGUUA